CCGAGCCAGUCGCACCCGGGUACUCGCCGGUGUGCCCGCCCGUCGCAAAUCCGUCCCGCGCCCCUCGUCAAAACUUCGCGCCCUCCCGCCGAGGUUGGCAGCGCCGACAGCCUUGGCCGACCCGCCCCGAGUCUUGUGGAUCCUUCGCGAAGGCAGUGGCCCAUUCAAAGACUUCUCGCAGCGCGGCCGUCCGUUCCGGUCACAUCCUUCCGCCGUCGUCUCGUGUCGCGUCGCUCGCAUCCUUCGGCGCUGACACACGGGAGCAGCCGCGGCCGAGCGUCCAGGCGGUUACGUAAAGCGAUAACACCCCGGCCCCCACCUCCGCGCCCCGUGGCAGUGUCUGCAGCGCGCCCGCAGCCUACGGACCUCUCUCAACAUGGCUCCCGUUCAAGCCGGUUCGCACGGUUUUGAUUAUGACCUGGUGGUCAUUGGUGGUGGUUCAGGAGGCUUGGCUGCUGCUAAGGAGGCUGUCUCUCUUGGAAAGAAAGUAGCUGUUUUAGACUUUGUUGAUCCUUCACCCCGUGGUACCACAUGGGGUUUGGGUGGUACUUGUGUCAAUGUUGGCUGCAUUCCAAAGAAGUUGUUCCACCAGGCUGCCCUCCUCGGAGAGAGCCUCCAUGAUGCUGGCUGCUUUGGCUGGAACAUUCCUGAAAGGAAAUCUAUUUCCCUGGAUUGGGCUAAACUGAGGGAAUCAGUACAAAACCACAUCAAAUCUGUCAAUUGGGUUCUUAGAGUUGAGCUGAGGGAUAAGAAAGUUGAAUAUAUUAAUGCUCGGGGAUCGCUCAUUGAUACUCAUACUGUCCAUGCUAAGCUCAAAAAUGGAUCUGAGCGUGAGCUGAAGACUGAGCAUGUACUCUUAGCAAUGGGUGGCCGACCUAUUUACCCUGAUAUUCCUGGUGCAGUAGAAAAUUGCAUCACUAGUGAUGACAUCUUCAGUUUACCUGAGGCUCCUGGAAAGACCCUUGUUAUUGGAGCUGGUUACAUUGGUCUUGAGUGUGCUGGUUUCCUCAAUGAGUUCGGAAUGGAUGCCACCGUCAUGGUGCGAUCCACUGUACUGCGUGGAUUUGACCAGCAGAUGGCAGGUCUCAUCUCUGAGGAAAUGAAAUCCCGUGGUGUCAAGUUCCUCCACAAAACUGUACCUGUUCGUAUGGAUAAGCAAGCUGAUGGCAAAAUUAAAGUUACCUGGAAGUCACUUGAAAAUAAUUCAGAAUCAUCCGACUUGUUUGAUACUGUUUUAAUGGCAACUGGCCGUCGUCCCCUAACUUUGGAGGUCAAGGCUGAUCAGGUUGGAGUGAAACUACACCCUGAAUCCAAGAAGGUUGUCAGUGAGAAGGAGUUGACAAAUAUUCCAAACAUCUUUGCUGUUGGAGAUAUUCUGGAGGUAGGCUUAAUCCUAUUUACAGGUUGAGCAUUCUGAUUUCA